GGGAAGAAUGCAGAUUAGGGUGAAGUGUAGUUGUGGAGAGAAUUGUCCAGAAUGGGCCAUGAUUGAGUUACAAGGGAUGGUUGAAGUUCAGCCCCAGUUCCAAGAUCGUCUCCAGAAUCUCAAGAUUGGUGUUCUCUGCCGGCCUUCCUCGCCGGAAACCUACACUUUCACGGUAGGGUAUCAUGAACUGACCGGGACGAAGAUGCAGCUGAAGAAGCCGCUGUUGGUGUUGAACAAAGUCAAGGAGGGCGGUGAGGAGGGUGGUUCGGGGAGGGUGGAAUUGGAAGUCAUUGGAAUUAUCCGUCACCGGAUUCUGUUCAAGACCAGACCUAAGGCUCUCAUUUCCAAAGCACAGCCAACAAUGAAGGACAGAACUGCUCUUGCAUCAAGCAAAUAGCAGAGUUACAGGCACAGCGCCAUGGAGAACUGAAAAGGCUUCCAUAAGUUUCUAUAUCGGAUAUUUAAAUGUAUUGUGUAUGCUUCUUGUUUUAAAGAAGCAAGCUUUGAGUUUUGUUUCUAUAUAAAUAGACAAUCUUGAUUCUGAAUGUGUAAACUUCAAUCUACCAUUCUGCUGGAGUUAAACAGGAUGCUAUAAUUUGUAAUCAUUAAGUGAUAAAUUUAGUGUUAUCUUACAAUCUGAACUUCAAGUUGAAAAGGAAUAACAAGAAGCCUCGAGCCUGGCUGACAGUAUGUG